AUGAUAUCUAACUUUCUGUUUGGUCUAAAACCAGAGUUAGAAAAUAGACUGGCAGUCGGAAACUACGAGAGUCUCACCGAGCUAGUGGAAAAGGCUGUGAAUUUGGAGAUCGGAUUAGAAGCUGAGAAGGCGGCAAGUAAGAAAUCCAAGCAGCAUCAAGAAGGAAAGUCUGGUGGAAACCAAAGAUCAUUUAAGGGCCAUAAGUCAAGUGAAUGUUUCGGGAAGAAACCUGGAUCCUUUCAGUCAAACUCCUACAAUCCUACAUGUUUCACGUGUGGAAAGAAAAUGCACAUCUCUACCCAGUGCAACGUCAACCGUUCUAUCCCAGCUAUGCCAAUCAAUGUCCAUCCUCCUCCAGCUCCACCUGUAAUCGCACCAGCGCCAAAAAGGCAAGCUAUAGGAGGUAGAGUUUACGCUUUAGAACUAGAGGAUACUAAACCUCCAGGUCCAUCUAAGGGUCCCAUUACAGGAACUUUACAUGUUGCGGGGCGUCCCACACAUGUAUUGUUCGACUCCGGGGCAACACAUAGUUUUGUGACCCCUGAGGUAGCUGCCGAGUUUGUGGGUUCAUUUGUGAUUGACAUGAUGGAUGUGGCUGUGAUGACUCCCGGAGACCAAACCCUUCAAGCAAAAGAAUGCCUCAGAAGAGUUCCGCUACUGGGCACAAUUAGAUUGUGGGAAAGUCGUAUUUUGUUCAAGGAGAACAGACAACGGCAAAUAGUGUUCUACGGGAUCAGUCCAAGCAAGUCUGUGUCUUUGGUAGCUGCCUUGAGAGUGGAAGAUUUGCUUAAGGAUGGAGAAGCGUAUCUGGUAACAGUGACUGCUAGUGAAGGACCCACUAGCAAUGGAGUUGAAAUUUCGGAUAUUGCGGUCAUACAAGAGUUUGAGGAUGUAUUUGCGGCGUUAAAGGAGUUACCUCCACCUCGGAGUAACCCUUUCACAAUUAACUUGGAAUAUGGAGCUAAGCCAAUAGCAAAGGCUCCUUACCGCAUGGGACCUGCAGAGUUGAAGAAACAACUUGAAGAUUUAAUGGAGAAAUGUUUCAUAAGACCUAGCUCUUCACCAUGGGGAGCUCCGGUCUUAUUUGUCAAGAAGAAGGAUGGUAGCAUGCGACUUUGUAUUGAUUAUCGAGGAAUCAACAAUAUCACAAUCAAAGACAAGUAUCCUCUCCCAAGGAUAGACGAGUUGUUGGAUCAGUUAAGGGGAGCAAGUUGGUUUUCAAAGAUCGACUUGACGUCUGGCUAUCAUCAGAUUCCAAUUUUAGAGGGUGAUGUCAUGAAGACUGCGUUUAGAACUCGUUAUGGACAAUACGAAUUUGUCACUGCAGCAUGCCACUUCGAUUUUGAGGAUGAAUUUGAGACAAAGGAUCCAGAAGGCCAAGCAGGAGCAAUGGAUGAACGCAUUCUUCACAUAUCCAAGGAAGACAUAGCUGAAAUCAUUGCCAUGAAUGCAUCCAGUAACUUCUUCAAUCCUAAGAACAAAUCAGAGGAUCCACCAUCGAUCGACGACGCAGCUGCACCAUCGAUCGAGGGUCACUUCGGAUCCAGAAAAAGCACACAUCAUCAAAACAGGAAGUGGAAACCUCAUUGGGAGAACACAGAGGUAUCCAUACCGACCGUGUAA